GAUUGUCGCCGCCCGUCAAAUUUGAGGCAUAUCGCCAUCACUUUGGUUCUGGCCACUUAAUACUUUUUAGGCGAACUAUAGAGAUUGAUUGUAAUGACAUUUCAUGUAAUAUAAUUUAUUGUUAAAGUGUCAGUUCUAUAAACGUAUAUUGUUCCAAUAAAAAGAAAUUACGUGUGCAUAUGAUACGCUACUAAAAGAGCGUGCGUUUAGGGGACGUUUGAGCAACCCAUCAUCAGUAACGUUUUGGGGCACAUUUGUUAGAGAAGUGGAAAGUGUCGGUUAUGGAGGCGGCAACAGCCACUUUGGUUGGCGAACCACAGUUGGCCACGGCACCUGAAUUGCCCAGCACAUCAACAAAUAGCGAUGGCAAUGCCAGCAACAACUCGAACAACAGCGGCUCGGAGCGUGUGGACACUGAUAAUAUUGGCUGGGCCAAAAAGCCAACUGACACCACAUCUGAGCUGCGUCAUCGGUCAACAUCGUAUUCAUUCACGGGCAGCGCCCUGGCCAGCGGCAUUGCAGAUCUGAGUGGCUCAGCCGCAAGUGAAGCGACGCCGUCGUCGCCAUCAUCAUCAACUACAACAACAACAGCAGGAGCAGGAGCAUCAACAUCAACAGCUGGACCCAAUAAUGACAGCAGCAGCAGCGACAAGGAGCAAAACGAGGAAUCACUUUACGAGUGCAACAUAUGUUUGGACACAGCCAAGGAUGCGGUGGUCAGCAUGUGCGGCCAUCUCUUCUGCUGGCCCUGCUUGCAUCAAUGGCUACUAACACGGCCCAAUCGCAAGCUCUGCCCCGUCUGCAAGGCAGCCGUUGAUAAGGAUAAGGUGAUACCACUUUAUGGUCGCAAUAGCACACGCCAAGAGGAUCCACGCAAUAAGGUGCCGCCACGUCCUGCUGGUCAGCGUACAGAGCCAGAGCCAGCACCUGGUUUCCCGGGGUUUGGUUUUGGUGAUAGCUUCCAUGUAUCGUUCGGGAUUGGUGCUUUUCCCUUUGGUUUCUUUACAUCAUCGCUUAACUUUGGUGAACCACGGCCAGCUGCGGCUAAUCGCGGUACUACACAAUACGACGACGAACAGACGCUUUCUCGGCUGUUUCUGUAUCUCGCCUUUCUAUGUAUCGGUUGGCUGCUGUUUGCCUAGCAAUCUCUGGGCGCCGCAUCUUUUCAAUCAACAGAACAAGCCACGCUACAGCAGUAAUCGAAACAACAACAGCAAGAGGAGAAUAAAACGACAACAACAACUACAACUACAACUACGACAACAUCAACAACAAGGAUUUGCAAUAACAUAGCCUGAAUGUGAAGAGUAUAGAGAGAAAAAGUAUCAAGAAAACAUUGAGGGAGCAACCUUCAAUAACAAAAUUUCUGCAAUUAGUGUCCUUGUAAUUUCACGACAUAUGCUGUCUUUAAAUUUUAUUUUCAACUUUUAA